UUUCUUUCUUCUCACCCGAGACUGCUAGCCUCCCAUUUUGGUCGCCGAUCGCCGCCAUUGCUCUAGCCAUCGUUCGCCUCAGACGCUGUCGCCGCCUCCAUCGCUAUGCGCCGCCUCCUUCGCCAUGCGCUGCCUCCAUAGCCGUGCGCUUCCGUGACCCGUUGGUUCGUUACCGCCUCCAUCUUCGGUCACUGUUGCUUCACCCGCCAGUCAUUGCUUCACUGCCGCCUCUGUCUCCGGUCACUCGCUUCUUUGCCUCUAGUCACCGCUGCUGCAAACAUGGAGCUAAUCAAACCCAAAAGUUAGGGUUCACCUUGAAACAAAUUGCAAGUCAAAAUAACAUCUAGAAGAAAGCGACUACUACAACAUUAGGGAUGGAUUGGGUAUGCAAAGAUUUAGACGGAGUGGAACCAAAAUAUGGGGUUGAUUCCAGCCUUUAAUCAAGUAUUCCCUGCAUCAGAGAAGAGGUACUGUGUGAGGCACAUUUAUACAAAUUUCAGAAAGAAUUGGAAAGGAAAAGAGCUGAAGGACAUGUUAUGGAAUUGUGCAAGGUCAAGCUAUGUCCAGAAGUUCACCAAAUGCAUGGAGGAAGUGUAUAAGAAGUCACAUGAGGCAUAUGAAUAUCUAAAUGAAAUUCCGCCUCAGCAUUGGACAAGGUCACAUUUCCAAACUCAUUGUAAGUGUGACUUGCUCUUGAAUAAUAUUUGUGAAUGCUUCAACAGCUACAUCUUAGAAGCUAGGGAUAAGGGCAUCAUCACAUGCUUAGAAAGCAUAAGAUGUAAGUUGAUGAAAAGGCUUUGGAAAAAAAGGGAUGCUAUGAAAAAAAUUCCUAGUCCAUUGUGUCCUAAAAUACAAAAAAAACUAGAUAAAAUUAAGGUGCUCAGCUUCAACUACAUGUCCACUUGGUCCGGGUGGAGUAAAUGUCAGGUUGUCGGACCAGAAGGCCAAUUUGUAGUUGAUACGAAUGAGAGGAGUUGUAGCUGCAGGAGAUGGGAUCUCACAGGAAUCCCUUGUGAGCAUGCAGUCAAUGCGUUGUUCAUGAAUAGAAAUAAGCCAGAAAAUUUUGUGGAUACGUGCUACACUGUUGAGUCUUAUUUGAAGAUCUAUAACAAUUGUAUCAACCCAAUAAAUGGAUAUGAAAUGUGGCCUAUGAGUAAGGAAGUUGCUAAUUUACCCCCACUAAAACCAAACCCAAAGAAAGGAAGGAGGGCAAAAUUAAGGAGAUUAGAAGCAGAAGAGUUGGAGAAAUUGGCAGCGACUGGAAGGGUUUUAAGGAGAGGAUCAAUUAUGACAUGCACAGUGUGUGGUGUGAAGGGUCAUAAUAAAAGAUAUCAUGGCAAGCAACCAACUGAUGGUGAUGCUGUACAACAAGAUAAUAUCUUUAAUGAUGUAACUCAAACAAAGUCUUGUGCAUCUUUUUCUGUUCCACCAGUGAACCCAACUCUUCAAAAUUGCACCUCUUGCCUAAUGUAAGUCAAUUAUUAUUUUUUUUUUCAUAAUAUUAUUAUGCAACUAAUGAUGGUUAAUAUUUGUGGGUUUUCUUGUAUUGUCUACAACAUAUAGUGAGUUUUCUAUUACUCUUAUAUACAUGUUGAUUGUGCAGGUGAAUCAUCCAGAAAAUGAAGUAUUUACCCACAUAUUGCCACCAUGGUCAGAGCCUAUACCCCCAAACUACAAAGACCCAAAUUUGGACCGAAUAAUUGAUGAGUUAAUGUCGAGGGUAGAUGAGA